UUUGGGUCGCGUCGGACCCCACGCAGUCGAUCCAUCGCCGCUUUCAAAGAGCGAUACUCCCCGCGUCAAGCUGCUGGAGCGACCGCUGCUCACGUCGAUACCCCGGACAGCGCACUAAUACAACCAUGGACAGCAGAGGCUACGGUUCCGGUUACUCCAGUUGGGGAGGAGGAGGAGGAGGCGGAGGAGGAGGAGGAGGAGGAUCAGGCAGCAGAGGUUCUGGUGGCUUUGACCUGUAUGGGGGAGGUUAUAAGGACUCGAUGUCUGGGCUCGGGGGCUAUGGAGGAGGAGGAGGAGGAGGAGGCCACAUGAAGAGAGGUCUUUCAGGAUCGUCCCUGCUCUCAUCCACCGGCACACAUGCAGAUGCAGUCAUUGCCAAGAUUAAUCAACGCCUGGACAUGCUCACUCAGUUGGAGGGGGGUUUGAAAAGCUCCCGAGGUGACAGGUAUGACCAGUACGAGUCAUUCGACUCGCGCACCUCCGCUCUCACCUCCUCCCGAGAUCUCUACAGAUCUGGCGGCAGUAGCUAUGGGUAUGGCGAUGGCCGUGGGGACAACAUGCUGUUGGGUCAGCGAGGAGGCUCGGGCUUCGGAGGGGGAAUUGGGCUAGGGGGAGGAGGAGGCUUUGACAGCCCCUCCUCUUCCUAUGGAGUCGCUAAAAUGCGACAGAAUAUGAGGGAGUCCUUCAGCAGUGGCCAGGGAGGAGGAGGUUCUGGAGGUGGAGGAUGGGCUGGAGCUGGCCGACGUUCCCCCAGAAGGGGUGGAAGUGCUGGGGGUCGAGGAGCUGGAGGAGGUUUUGGAAGCCGCAGGUCUGACCCCACUCCAUUAGGCGGAGGUGGGCGGGGAAGUGGUAGUGGUGGCCAGUCCCACCGCGGCCACUCUCCAGGAGGUGGUAGAGGCAAGCUCCCAUCCCUCCUGUCCAACCGCAUGUACCCUGAGAGUGGGGGCUUCCAUCAGGGUUCCAUUCAAGGGCCUCACGACUUUCCUGGGAGGCAUUUUGGAGGGGGCCCACGGGCUGGCCGCCAGCGAGGCCGCAAAAGACCCCUCAACAAACAGGUGAAACCACAGCGGGAUGUCCAGAAGAAGAGAAAGCAGACACUUACAGCCGCUGAUGAGCCAGAGUCAAAGAUGAACAAGACAGAAAGUGCAGGCUCAGAAGCUACCCCAGAGAAAGCUGAGAAAAAUGGUGACGACAGUGAAUCAAAGACUGCAGCUGCGGAGACAAAACCUACUGCAGAUGGGGAUAAAGCUUCACCCAAACAAGAGGAGAAGAAGACGACUCCACAGGGCAAACAGACCCCAACCCAAGGUCAAGACAAGCACCCCAAAAUGAGGAAGAGGAGGGGUUUCCUGGAAAGGGUGAUGUUUGCAUGCUCAGUCUGCAAGUUCCGUUCGUUCUACAAGGAGGAAAUGGAAACGCAUCUCGAUAGUCGCUUCCACAAGGACCACUUUAAGUUCCUGUCCAGCCAACUGUCCAAGCCCACUACAGACUUUCUACAGGAGUAUUUGCAGAACAAGUUUAAGAAGACAGAACAGAGAGUUGGGCAGUUGGAAAACCACAGUGCCGCCAUCUGUCAGGUGUACAAAGAGCAGGACCUCACCAGGGAUCUCGGUAUGGAGCACUUCAUGAGGAAGGUGGAAGCCGCCCACUGUGCAGCGUGUGACCUGUUCAUCCCCAUGCAGCCCCACCUUAUACAGAAACACAUCAAGUCUCCUGACCAUAACUACAACCGGAAGGGUAUGAUGGAGCAGUCCAAGAGGGCCAGUCUGUCAGUUGCUCGUAGCAUCCUUAACCACAAACUCAUUGGCAAGAAGCUGGAGAGCUACCUCAAGGGUGAAAACCCAUUCACGGGUAACCAAGACGACCAGGAUCCAGAGGACUCCAUGGCGAUGGAUGUGUCUGAGCUGGAGCUGACCGGUGAGACAGCAGACGACCAGACAGAUGCGGCACCAGUCAAAGAUGAGCCUUUGGCUGAAGGAGAGACUGGCCAAGAGGCGGGCGAGGCUGAAGCAUCAGCAGCAACAUCAGCAGCAACAUCAUCAGCAGCAGCAUCAGCAGCAGCAACAGAGGGGGAAAAGAUGGAGGAGGAGCAGAGGAACCAGGAAGAGGAGGAAGGUUUUGAAGUUGGAGAAGAGGAAGAGGAGGGAUACGUGGUGCACGAUGAGAUUGGCGAAGAGGGAUUGCAGGGUGAGUUGGAAGAGGAGGAGGAGGAGGAAGGAGUGGAGGUAGCAGAGGUCGAGGAGGAAGAAGGAGUAGAGGCAGCAGAGGUCGAAGAGGAAGACAAGAGUGAUGAAUGACUUUUUCACCCAGUGUGACUUCUCAUCCUUAACAUCUGUCUGGACCAGUCAGUGACCCCCACAGUCCCGUUUAAUCCAGUCUCAUUGUCAGGCUUAUUAAGAAAUAUACAUACCUGCUCCCACCGUUUUUCAUGUCUUUAGUUUAUAUAAUUUAAUUUUUGUUAAAUGAACAGUUCCACAUUUUGGGAAGUACACUUACUUUUCUUGCCCAGACUUAGAUGAGAAAAUUGUGAAAAAAUAGUUCAACUUGUAAACACUACAACUGUCUUAUGAAUGCCCACCAGUUCUCUUUGGAGGUGUAGAUAGACUUAUUUUUGGACUUUGGAGAGAGAGCUAGGCUAUGGAUUUCCCCCGUUUCUAGUCUUAACGCCAAGCUAAUCUCCUCCCUGUAUUUCCCAAAAUGUCGAACUAUUCCUUUUUAAUACUUUUUUUUUGUGCCUUUUCGUUUAAACUAUUCUUGCUUUCGAUUAAUUUGUUUAAGAAAUCUUGAGUAUUGUAAGGUUAAGAGAGUACUUUUUUUUUCAUAUAAAAGUUACAUAUUGCCAUAGCAUUCUGUCCAUUGCCAGUGUUGAUGGUGAAGGAAUGAUUUUCCAACCUUUUUGGUAAAUCUGUAACAGGGUGGGCUUUUUAUUCUACAGCUGUGAGGUAAUUGAGGGGACUGUCUGUAGAAUAAUUGUGGAAUAUAAAGAAUUCGUAUCAGUCAUGUAACAAACACUUGUUUCGCUCUGAGUAAGAAAUAAAGUUGUUGAAUAAA